AUGUCUCUCUUACUUAUUUUUCUAUUAUUGUUGAUACAAUUAUUACGCACUACUUGUAAUAAUUUAUCAUUCAAUAAUUCCAACUGUUCUUUAUCAUUUAUAAUUCAAGCAAAUUAUCAAAUAAAUCAGAUUCAAACUAAAUUUCCAAUUGAAUUUACUGCUAAUUAUAAUUUAACAUGUAAUAUUCCAAAUUUAAAAGCUUAUUAUCAAAUAAUACCUUUAGAUCUUCUUGUUGUUGGUUCUUAUGAAAUUGAAAAUAUAUCUAUUAAAUCGAUGAUUGAAUUACAUACAAAAAGAUUUUAUUUUAAUAUAGAUCAACCAUCAACAAUUCGAUUAUGUGUUUUAUCAUCUAAUGAUGAUGAUGAUGAUGACGAUGAUGAUAAUGAUUAUCAAAUAUGUCGACAAAUUCAUAUUGGUAUUAAUACUUUAUAUAACUUUUGGACUUUACCAAUGAGAGUAUUUUAUAUUCUUUUAAUAUCUACGAUAGCUCCUUAUCAUAUUUUAUUUUUUCUACGAGAACUAUGGCGUCGAGGUUGGAAAACACCGAAAAUAUCACGUCCAGUUAUAAAACGACAAUCAAUUAGUGAAGCAAAACAUGACACAUUUGAAAAUGAGAAAGUUAAUGAAGAAAAUAUGUCGGGUGAUGAAGAUGAAGAUGAAGAUGAAGAAUAA